AUGGCAAGCUUAGGUAAGAAAACUAUGGGAAGAAAAAAGAUUGAGAUGAAGAUGAUUGAAAAAAAGGACGACAGAUUGAUCACAUUUUCCAAACGCCGAUCUGGUAUCUACAAGAAAAUAGCUGAGAUAGCAAUAUUAUGCGGUGUUGAUGUUCUUUUUAUCUGUUUCUCACCGGCAGGUAAACCCUUUUCCUUUUGUCACCCCUCAAUGGAAUCAGUUGCUAGCCGUAUUAUGGAUAAUAGUUUUCUGCCUGCACGUGAUAAUACUCACACUCUUGUUGAGGAUCAACGAAAGGUGAGAAUCAAUCAGAUAAUACAGCAAUAUAAUGAGGUGACUAGCAAACUCAAUGCAGCCAAAGAGAAAGCGAAGGUGCUUGCUCAGAAUGCAGGUGAGAGAGAAGGUCAUUUUUGGUGGGAAACUCCCAUCGAUCAACUUAACCCCAAGGAGCUAGAAGAACUAGAGCUUCGUUUUGCAGAGCUUCUCGACCAGCUCUACAUCAGCAGGAGCAAGAAGAUUGCAGCGACUACUUUAAUGCCUACUCCGAGGGAUCCUGCUCAGUUCAAUACAUCUACUCCAAGGGACUUUAUCUGA